AUGGGAGCCCUCUUACUCACUGUCUUUCCCAUCCCUCGCAUCCUGACUUCCCCCACGCACCCCCAGCUCACCCACUCAGGAUUCCACAAGACCUUUAUCCCACCUUCUCCCCCCUUCCGCCCCCACCCCUCCCCCCAGCUGACCCACGCGGGCUUCCACCUGAGGGCGUCAGAGGCCAUUCCCACCGGCGCUGCCCUCGUGCUGCCUCUCAACGGCGGCCUGCCCGACCCGCUGCACGCAGCCGCAGCAGCGCACACAGACGCUCAGGGCACAGCAGCAGAGUGGGAGAGCAAUGAAGACGAGGAAGGGGAGGGCGGAGUGCACUUGACAUCUCUGGGCGAGGUGGAGGAGGCGGACAGCCAUGUGUCGCCGGUCACGCUGCUGUCUAAUGACGAUGCCUUCCUCUCCCUCGGGAUCAUCUCUGCCUGUUCCGCCUUCGACCGCGUGCAGAUCUUCCCCACCCUCUUCAGCGUCACUCGCAGCAUCUCAACGGCCGCCUUCCCUGAUCCUUCCCUUCGAGCGCUCUUUGAAGCGAGGGCUGCAGCAGCAGGCAGGAAGGCAGUGGAGCAAGUGCGGGCCGUGAAAGACCUUCUCCUCUCUGCUGCCCUGAAACGAAACCUUAUCACCCACACGGGUUCCGACAGCCGUUGUGGCGCUCCCAACCCGUUCCUGCGAGGGCAAUCUCAGAAGGACACGGGAAGAGUUUCGGGAGAGGGUGGUGGGGAAUGGGCUGGGGUAUACAGCGGUACAGAGAGGUUGGAAGCUGGAAAGUACAGCAGUGCAGAGAGGUUGGAAGCUGGGGAACACAUGGCUGAUAGUUCUUCUGGGGAUGGGGAGUGGGAUUUGGAGGGGAUGGGGCGUGUGCUGCAGCAGAUGCUGUUCUGGGAGCGACGGCGAGGCAUGCGCGUGCGAUUGGCUGAGAGACUGGCGAGGAGAGUGAGAGUGGCAGCGGAGAAAGAAGGGAGAGAGGAGGGAGAGGGGGUUGGGGGGAAGAAUGAGGAGCGGGAGGAGGUCGAGGAGGGAGGGGAGGGCGAGGAGGAGGAGGGUGAGGAGGAGGAGGAGGGCGAGGAGGGGGAGGAGGGGCUGUUUGUGUAUGCAGAUGGCAGGAUGGACCCUGAGCUCGUUGCUCAGUUCAGUGCCGCUGUGCUGCUGGCUGUUACUGGGGAAGAGCCCGACCCAGCGCUGCUAGCGCGGCGGCCAGUGGGGGAGCUUUUAACGAGGAUAGAGAAGGCAUUGCAAGGGGCAAAGGCGUGGGUGGAGAAGGGGAUGGUCUGUCGGGAAGGGAGGGCAGCAGGAAUGAACUCGGUUCAAGUUGACGAGGCCUGCCGGCCAUCCGUGCUUGCCCACGUGGCGCCCUCCCAUUCACUGCUGCGAUUCCUCGACAGAAAGCGAAGCAUGCUACUGGCUGCCUCCGAUCGCCUCGCCUCUGCCUGCAAGCCCCAAUCAGUAACCGUCACGUCAGCAGCAGCAGCAGCAGCAGCAGCAGCAGCAGCAGCAGCAGCAGCAGCAGAACGAGAUGCAGCAGCUGUUUCAUACCAAGGGAGGGAAGAGACGGAGGGGGAAGGAGAGGGAGAGGAGGGAGAGGAGGGAGAGGAGGGAGAGGAGGGAGAGGAGGGAGUGGAAGGAAAGGAGGGAAAGAAGGGAGAGAAGGAAGGUAGGGUGCAAGAAAGAAAAAGGCUGGGCCCACAUUCCAGGGUGGUUGGAGAGAGCAGGAGGAUGGGGUUUGGGAGGGGAGGCAGUGAGCUGACGGGGAGGGCAGGGGUGUGGAGUGAGGUGGCAGAGGAGAGGAUGGGCGACAUGGGGGAGGAGGAGCGGGUGAGGGUGUUUGUGGAGUGGGUGCGCGCGAAUGGCAUGGCGGACUAUAGCAAGCCUGGCUCAGGGAUCGAGAUUGUCUUCUGGAAUGAGACGGCGGGCAAUGAUGAGCAGGACAGCAGGCGCCAGCUGUCAGUGCGGGCAGGGAGGGAUCACGAAGAGGACUCGGUGCUCCUCUCCAUUCCCUCCUCCCUCUGGGUCACCACCCCCGCCAUGCUGCAAGCCAUAGGGGGGCCUCCGUACCCCGGGCCUGUGUGGUCCUUCACUAUCGCCGCCGCGUGGCUGCUAAGGGAGAUGCUUAAAACGAGGACGCAGUCCUUCUGGUGGCCGUACCUGCAGCUGCUGCCGCGCCAUGUCCCCCUGCCGUACUUUUUCGAGCAGGAGACGCUAGAGGAGCUUCAGGCUCCGUCAAUUGUGAAAGUUGUGCGCACCAAUCUGGCGAGCUACGAGUUUGAGUAUCGGCGCUGCGGCCCCACUGUGCUUGCCAAUGCAUCUUUCCACGAGUUCAUGUGGGCGCUCUCUGUCGUUCAGUCGCGCGGCUUUGACGACCCGCGGUGGUGGGGGAAUGUGGUGCCGUACAAACCGACAGGCACUGCUGCCGUGGACGAAUCUGUAGAAGCAACGAGGGGAGGUUUGGGGGAAGGGUUGGGUGGAGGUUCGGGAGGAGGUUCGGAGGGAGGUUCGGAGGGAGGUUCGAGGGGAGGUUCGAAGGGGGGUUCGGGGGCAGUGGAGGUGCAGCUGAAGAAGAGUGCGGUGCUGCUGGUGCCGCCUGCUGAGUUCUUCGACCACAGCAACGACUUCCGAACCGCCUACUCGGUACUGCCAUCCCCUCGCCGUUCCCUCCUCGCUUGUGUGUCUCCUCAUUCCUACCUUCUCUCUCUCGCCGGCCUCCCCUCCCCCACACAUUUUGGCGCCGACAUGGAUACGUCUGAGUUUGCGGCAACAGCGGAAAUUGGCGCCACCAGGGAUUCGUUUGAGUUUGUGGCAACAGCGGGGGUGAGGCGGGGCGAGGAGGUGAGCACGAGCUACGGGCAGCGGAGCAACGAGGACCUACUGGAAGCGUACGGCUUCGUGAUGCUGCCGGGGAACAUGUUCGACCACGCCCCCCUGCUGCCCUCGCUCUCCUAUGCAGCUCCCCACCUUUUCCCCACCUUCCCCUCUUUCCCCGAUUCCUCCUUUCUCCUUUCCUCUUACCCACCAUCCCCCCCACAGAUUAGCGCCAACGGGGAUACGUUUGAGUUUGUGGCAACAGCGGGGGUGAGGCGGGGCGAGGAGGUGAGCACGAGCUACGGGCAGCGGAGCAACGAGGAUCUACUGGAAGCGUACGGCUUCGUGCUGCCCGCCAACAUGUUCGACAAUGCUCCGCUUCUGCCGUCGCUCUCCCACGCUGUUCACCUCGUUGCCGCUCUCGUCCACCACGGAGUGAAGCAGCAGCGAGGGCUAGGCAACGAGGAAGCCGCUCUGAUCCACCACGGGUUGAAGCAACAGCGAGAGGCCGAGCUGGCAGUGCAACAGGAGGGACAGAGGGGUUCAGAGGGAGGAGCGGGAGGAGGAGGAGAGGGUGCCAUAACAACUGCUUGUGUGGCAAGAGAGGAGGGGAGCAAAGGCCACUGUAUGGCUGCUGCUGCUGCUGAAGAGCACAAGAUGAAAGCUGUAUGCGAUGCUGCUGCUGCUGCUGCUGCUGCUGCUCCUGCUGCUGCUCCUGCUGCUGCUGCCUGUCCUGCUGCCGUGUCUGCUUGUUCUACCGAUCUGAAGCACGCAUGCAGUGCUGCUGAUGCUGCUACAGCCGCCACUUCCGAGGCUACAGCAGAGGAUGCAGCCGAGGCUGCAGCUCAUACUACAGCUGGCAGUGCUGCCAGCCCUUCCCGCCGCGUUGAACCAGCUCCCUCUUCCAUCCCUUGGCGGGAAGAGAUUAAGCAGAAGCUGCUGCUUGUGUGGGGGAGUGCUGCUGCUGCUGGUGCCGAGAACUUAACGAUUCCACUGCAUCGGCUGAAGCGGCAGCUGUGGCGUGUGGCAGCGAGGGCAGUGGAGGCAGUGGUGAGGGAGCGAGAGGAGGAAGGGGGGAAGUUCUACGGCGUGGCGGAGCAGGGUGGCACACUGUAUGAGUUGAUGCAGCGGAUCAGGAGAGGGAGCGAGGUGGAGGAGGUGCUGGGGGGAGUGGAGGAGAGGACAGAGGCGGACAAGGAGGGGAGUGUGGGUGUUUCUGUGUGGGCGAGAGGGCUCGUGGAACCGAAUCUGGUGGCUGCGCUUGCUGCUGUGUUCUACUACCUCCAGCAUAUGAGAGGUUGGUCAAUGGGAGUGUGGGCGUGUCGGUGUGGGCGAGAGGGCUCGUGGAAUCUGGUGGCUGCGCUUGCUGCUGUGUUCUACUACCUCCAGCAUAUGAGAGAUCCCCCUGCAGUCCUUACCAGCUCAGCAGUCUACCUAGGUUGGGCCGUCAGCAACAGCUCCUGCCGCUUCCUCUCCUCACCCUCCCCUGACAUGCUGCCUGCUCUGCAAGCAGCGGCCGACACCGUUCGUCUGCUAGCGCAGGCGCGGCUGCAGCAGAUGCCGUCCAGCAUAGAAGAGGACGAAGCGAUCCUGAGGGAGCUAGAGCGGUGCAAGAGCGGCGGGAAGGUGGGGGCAGGUGGUGGGGAGGAUGGGAGAGGAAAGGGAAGGAUGAGAGAGGUAGUGGGAGAGGGAGGAAAGGAGGGUGAAGAGGUAGAAGGGAGGGGCAAUGACGAGCGGAGGAGAAGGGAGGAAGAGGAGAGCGGUUGUGAGGAGUGGCGAAGAGGAGGUGGCGGAGAUGGUGAGAGAGGGGGAGACGGAUCAGGAGAGACACUCACAGAAAGGAGAUUGACAAGAGGGAAGUUGAGAGGAGGGAAAUCAAGAGGAGGGAGUUUGGGAGGAGAGAGGAUGACAGUGAUGGGAGUGCGGUGCAGGUGUGCAGUGCUGCUGCCAGUGCUGGAGGAGAAGGUAACAGCAGUGCAGUUCCGGCUGAACAGGAAGCGAGUGCUGCACGGUGUGCUGACCCGACUGGAAGCUGCAUGCCCUCCCAACUGA